AACAAAUUCCCUUCCUCAUCGUUUUGACACAUCAAAAUAAGCAUAUUAAUUAGAGUUUUCGAGCAACCCAUAAAUGUACCCAAUAUUAAUUAAAUUAUGAUCCUUAUCUUGCUUUCAUUUUGUAAAAUUUUAGGACUCAAAAAAUCUAUUUUCUUUGAACAAAUUAGGAACAUAACCCGGUUUUUUUAUUUGUGAUGUUCAGCGAGGUAAUCGUAAUUCUAACCUUUUUACCUCUGGACACUCCGCAUCAGUUACUAUACGUUAGUGCUCUUCACUGUCUUUCAGCCUCAUCCGUUGGUUCAUCGCUUAAUUUGGAAGUUCGAUAGGUUAUAAAAUUGUUUGAGCUGCAAAGCUUUGCAGAAUAUGGACGAACUAUAAAUUUUGUAAAGAAUGAUGAAUAUCGCUCGAAUUUUGAAUCUGGAAACUCCCUCCUUCCCUCUCUCUCUCUCUCUCUCUCUCUCUCUCGUAACCGAAUAGCACCGAGUCUCAGUGUGCAGAUGAGCGGACCAGCGUAGUCGGUUCAGUGAAUCAUCUCCCCAAGCAACACGUGUGCGUAGCCACCUAGCCACGUAAAACACCGCACGCUCUCGUCUCAUGCCACGUACUCCGGCCGCACACGUGCUCUUCUCCUACCUCCCCUCUCCUCUCUUUAUAAUCCCCACUCCCUCCGACACUCAAACUCAUUACAUGAUCUCUUCUUCUUCCCUCUUAUUCCGUCGUCUAAUCAGUAGUUGUAGUCUUUAGUAUUAUCAGCGGUCGACGUUGUUUUGUGCAGCGUAGUCCUAGCAUUUUCAAUCUCUCUUCUUCUUCCUCCUCCUCCUCCUCCUCUAAUCAAAGCUUCAAAUCCCCGACCCCUUUGGUCAGAAUGGCCUCUGGUGGAGCUUUCCCUCCUCAGACGCAGGAGCGCCAGCCUGGCAAGGAGCACGUCAUGGACCCCACUCCUCGGGCCGCUAGCCACGACUACAAGGCCGCCAACAAGCUCCAAGGCAAGGUGGCGCUUGCCGCGGAGACCUCCGGCAUCGGCCGAGCUGUCUGCUUGUGCUGAAUGCAAGGCGCCACCGUCGCCUUCACCUACGUGAAACACAAGAAGACAAAGACUGCCAACGACACCCUCCAACUCCUCCAAACAGCCAAAUCCAGCGGACUCGAAGGACCCAUCGCCAUCCUACGUCGCGACUGCGGCUUCGAGCAAGAACUGCAAGAGGCGUCGUCGAGGCAAGUCGUCCAGAGCGCCCUUUGCCCGCAUGCGACAACUGCGUCCAACACGGCGGCCGAGCAGUACGUCUCGCCCGACUCGCCGAAGAUCAAGCGAGGAGGGCAGCUGGACCGCGUCUUUCGGACCAACAUCUUCUCCCACUUCCUCACAACAAAGUACGCGCUCAAGCACAUGCCGGAGGGCGGAUGCAUUAUAAACACCACAUCAGUGAACGCGUACAAAGGGAACGCGAGGCUGUUGGACUACACAGCCACGAAGGGGGCGAUCGUGGCGUUUACGAGGGCGUUGGCGUUGCAGGUGGUGGAGAAGGGGAUACGGGUUAACGGGGUGGCGCCGGGUCCAGUUUGGACGCCGUUGAUACCCGCCUCGUUUCCCGAGGAUCAAGUGAAGGAGUUCGGGAAGGAUGUGCCGAUGGGCCGGGCCGGGCAGCCGUACGAGAUUGCGCCGAGCUAUGUUUUCUUGGCCUGCAGUGACUCGUCUUAUAUCAGUGGGCAGGUUCUCCAUCCUAAUGGAGGAACCAUCGUUAAUGGCUAAACGAUGAAAGAGAGCACGAUGCGUGUUUUGGUGUGCGGGUGUUUAUGGUGUCAAAUAAUGUUUUGUUUUAAGGAUCUGGACGUAUACCGUAUGUGGUGUAGCUGUGGUGGUAUUUUGGUACUUUUGUUAUGGUUUCGUAAGUUUUGUAAUGAUAAAGAGUUUUCU